GAUGUUUAUAGUUACAGAUACAAAGGAUAGGCCGGUGGAUAACCGGUGUAUGUUGUAUGUGUGCGUAGUUGGUAGACGUCGAGUCAGAAGAGCAGUGUAGAAGGGGAAGCAAAAUGUUUGCGGUUGUGUUUUACGCAGCUCUGUUAUUUGCUACUACAGACUCUGCUGUUAUAUUUUUUGGAAACUUUGAAAAUGAAGUGAACAGAAUUGAAGAUUGGGCAAGAGAAAAUGCUCAUGAAACAGAAGAAUGGGUGCAAAAUGAAGACAAUAUGAUAGAAAAAUGGGCAAAAGAAAAUUCUAAUGAAACUGUAGAAUGGGUUCAAGAUGAGACAAAAAUGGGAGAAAAAUGGGCAAAAGAAAAGUUGGAUGGAGCUGAAGAGUGGAUACAGAAUGAGGCAAAGACUGUAGAAAAAUGGACCAAAGAAAACUACAAUGAAGCUGAAAAAUGGGUAAAGAAUGAGAAAGAGAUUGGAGAAAAAUGGGCAAAAGAAACAUUAAAUGAGGUUGAUGGUUGGGCGCAGAGUAAACUAGUGGAGACUCAGGAAGUUGUGAAAGCUCUAAUGCCCAAGUUUAGUAGUGACAAAUGUGUGUGUUAUCAUCAGACCUGUGGAUGUUGUGUCCAUGCAGAAGAACCAGAAAUACAUUUGAAUAGCACAGUUUGUGUAAAUGUGACGUACCUGUCAGAAGAUUAUGGCAUUUCUUUCACUGUUACACUAAACAACCACACACUUUACAAUGAAACUGUAUCAGUAAGAAAUCCUCCUCCGGUAUGUGCGGGAUUCCCUUACGUGAAGGAAUUGGCAGAUAUAUGUAUACGGCUGUAUGACAUAGACGCAAAGAGUCGUACAUUUCAUGCUUGUGCACGUCUAGAAGCUCGUAUGAAAUUUAUCAUUAUUGCACAUUAUGAUCUUGGAUGUUUUACUAUUGGAUCAUCAUCUGUUGAGGAUUCAAAAAAAAAGAAUGGCUUAGGCACCCACCACCCAUCUGUAAUUCUGAUUUAAUGCAUAAUAACUUUUCUUUUAGAUGUAUGUAGUGGAUUUUUGUUACUGAAAAUAUCAUGACUUGUUCGUAUUGUCAAAGGAUUGUAGUUUUAGAUAAUGUUUACAUGUUUAAGUGACUGUUGUUUUGAAAUUUUGAAGUUAAUUUUAUAUUAACACAUGAGAGCUUUAGUUUUGUUGGUGCUAAAUGAUUUGUUACGAAAUGUUUGAUUAUUGAUGUUACCAUUUUAAGUAAAUUUCUAUUAAGCCAAAGCAGAAUGAAUUAUUGCUUCUCGUGAGACUAAUAUAUAAUUUUAUUGCGUGACUAGGUGAGCCAGUAUUUGCUACUAUGUCUUGAACUGUAAAUGCAAGUGAGGGAGGGAGGGAUGAUUUAAGGGAAAUAUUAAAGUUUAUUUGUAGCAUAGAAAAUUAAAUUUUUUUUCAUGUUUGAUACAGCAGUUGCUUAACGCAUUGAGAAUAAAUAACAGAUAUUAAUGUUUUCACAUAUUUUGAAAGAAAUUAAUACAGAAGUCACCAAAAAUUCAGAUGGUUUUACGACUAAUUAUUACGAAACCUUAAUCAUUUACUCUCCAUGGCAAGACAAAUGUCCCAGUUUUACAAUAUUAAGAAUACAUUAAAUUAAUGAGGUACGUGUGUAACACAAGAACUCUACAAAUAAAAAUUUAAUGGUUUACACAUUAAAAUGUUAUAUCUUGAAGUACAGAAUAUUUGCAAUUGUCAAUACUUGAUAACAAUAUCGGAUUUAUUUACACACUCAUUCAACUUCAGAAUGACGAAAUUCACAAAUUUUAUACGAUGAUGUAAGAUGGUAAUCUCUGUAAGUUUUUGCUCUGAACAUAUCCAGUACCAAAACUGCGUUAUAGAGUUGAGCACGUGAGGAAAUUGUUCCAUAUUUUAAAUAAUCAAUAGGUUGGGGUGUUUGUCUACUUUCAUAUUAGUAUUGUAAAGGGUGACUUCAUUCUCAGUAUUAAAGGUAUUCUGGUUUUCAUUCACGAAAUUCCUACAUAUUGACUGAGAACUUUCAUUAUUCCUAGCCAAGUAAGGACAGGUAUGCAGCGGCCCCUGAUGCUUGGCACCCCCCACCCCCCCAGUUGUAAGCCAUGGCUAAUGUGACUUCAAAAGAGUGCAUAUAGGCACUCUUAAAAGAUACUGUCAGUCAUGGAGUAGAGAAGUUUCACAGACAAUUUGCUGUUUUUAACUUUUUAUUUUAAUUUUAUAUAGUGUUAAUAGGACUUUGUCAUACUGAAUAGUACAUCUGCUUCAGUAAUUACCCAAGUUGAAUCUUUCCCACUAAUGAUACAGGUUGUUUUAAAACUCUACAGUAAAACAAGAAGAAAAAAGUCUGGUGAACAUGGGCUCUAAAAUACAUACCUUAAGAGAUAGGAGCACUUGUUUGUAACCGAGCGAGGUGGCGCAGUGGUUAGACACUGGACUCGCAUUCGGGAGGACGACGGUUCAAUCCCGCGUCCGGCCAUCCUGAUUUAGGUUUUCCGUGAUUUCCCUAAAUCAUUCCAGGCAAAGGCUGGGAUGGUUCCUCUGAAAGGGCGCGGUCGACUUCGUUCCCUAAUCCGAUGAGACCGAUGACCACGCUGUCUGGUCUCCUUCCCCAAACAGCCAACCAACUUGUUUAUAUUCAGUACUGUGAAACAUCUGUCUUCAAUUGGAAAAAGUGCUCAUCGGCCUUAAGGUAUGCAUUUUGGAGUUGAUGCUUAAUAGACAUUUUUCUUCCUUCUUGCUAUGAGGUAUCCAUUCCUGAAGUUUUACCAUCAAGUUUUGAAACACCCUGUAUUACAUCAUCUUUAGAAAUUUUUGCUGUAACUGUUUGUGCUCUCUUUUAUGUACUCACAGAUUGUAUUGUGAUGUGAUGCUUGUGUUGCUGAAGAACUAAACACCUUUCAAGCCACUUUCACCCAUAUAAUAUUGACUGUUGUUUAGUCUUUGAGAAACAAAGGUUGUGAACAAUAGUUUUAGGAGGUUGUUCAUUCUGACCUAGUAGUUAAACUAUGGAGUUUCCAGUGAAUCCAGUCUCAAUGUUCACUGAAUAGCAUUCCUUGUUCAUCAUGUGCUCCUCUAACAGGGAAUAACACAGUGACUGAAUCUUAUGUUUUUAUUCUGUAUAAGCAUUUUAUCUGCAUCCACAUGCAGUCUGUAGUUUAUUUAUUUUAUGUAAAUAAUCCUGUUGUGUGUAUCACUAGAAUUGUUAUGCUUUCUGCUGGUGAUGUAUUGAUUCCAUGGUGCCAUUAUCAUUCUGUGAUAGAUUUCUUUUUGUGAUAAUGCUGUAUGAUACUACUUAGAAAUGUUUGCACAGAACAUUAUUGAUGUAACUGAAUUGUAAACUGCUAUGAUGCAUGGUUAUGUAGACUGUGAAAAGUUAUAUUUACUAUUAUUCUACACAAGAAUACACCUUUAAAAAAUGUACCUUACAUUCGUGUGCUGUAUCGGAACAAUUUAAAUUUUGGUGCAGUUGUCUCGAGCUGCGCCAUAUUUAUGAUGUCUAUUAAAAUUUGCUUAAAGACA